CGUCAGUAAAAGCCGGGACGGGGACAGCGCAUGGUGGCGGUGGACGUGGGAUCCGGUGUGCACGGCGAGAAACCCGGAGGGAGGCGUUUAAAAGAGGUCGAAACCAACCCCAGCGGUCCGGGUUUAAGCGGUUCUGGAAGGAGGAACCACAGGUGGAACCAUGCUGUCGGGGGAAGAGAUUCUGUGCAGCACGCGGCAGGUGAUCGCGGGGCUGGAGGCGCUGAAGGGAGAGAACCGCACUCUCCUGGACAACCUGCAGGAGGCAAUGGAGAGCCGGCCGGCAUCAGAGAACGGCAGCGUAGAGCAGGAGAAGAGCGGCAUCAUCCAGGAAUCCCUGGAGAGGAUAGAGCUCGGCCUGGGGGAGGCACAGGUGAUGAUGGCGCUGUCUGCCCACCUGGGCUCACUAGAGGCGGAGAAACAGAAGCUGCGAGCGCAGGUACGUCGGUUGUGUCAGGAGAACCAGUGGCUGAGGGACGAGCUGGCUGGAGCCCAGCAGAGACUACAGGACAGAGAACAGGAGCUGGUGACCCUGGAGGAGCAGAACAGACACCUGCAGUUCAUGUCCUCCAUACGAAAAUACGACCAGGACGAGCCCCCCCUGGAUGACAAAGACACUUCAUCUACUAAGGAGUCUCUGGACGACCUUUUCCCAUCUGAGGAAGAAGAACAUCAAGGACCAACCAGCGCGGCGGCCGCAGCUCAGCAGGGCGGCUAUGAGAUCCCAGCCCGCCUGAGAACCCUCCACAACCUGGUCAUCCAGUAUGCGUCGCAGGGCCGGUACGAAGUGGCUGUACCGCUCUGCAAACAGGCCCUGGAAGAUCUGGAAAAGUCCUCAGGCCACACCCACCCAGACGUAGCAACCAUGCUAAAUAUACUAGCACUGGUGUACAGGGACCAGAACAAAUACAAAGAGGCAGCCAACCUGCUGAACGACGCCCUGGCCAUCAGAGAGAAGACUCUGGGGAUGGACCAUCCGGCUGUGGCGGCUACACUGAACAACUUAGCGGUGCUUUAUGGGAAAAGAGGAAAAUACAAGGAAGCAGAGCCGCUGUGUAAGAGAGCUCUGGAGAUCAGGGAGAAGGUUCUGGGCACGGACCACCCGGAUGUGGCCAAGCAGCUGAACAACCUGGCACUGCUGUGUCAGAACCAGGGAAAGUACCAGGAGGUGGAGCAGUACUACGAACGGGCCCUACACAUCUACCAGAGCCGACUCGGACCUGACGACGCCAACGUGGCCAAGACUAAGAACAACCUGGCAUCAUGCUAUCUGAAACAGGGGAAGUACAGACAAGCGGAAGCUCUCUAUAAAGAGAUCCUGACCAGAGCACACGAAAAGGAGCGUCCCAGCUGGUCCGGUGUCGAUGACAGCGGAUCCCGGCAGGACGGACUCGGUAACUUGAGGCGCAGCGGCUCCUUCACCAAACUCAGAGAGUCGAUCCGCCGCAGUAGCGAGAAGCUGGUCCGCAAACUGAAGGGGGUCGGAACGCCGGAAACAACCCCGAGGAAUUCUGGGAUGAAGCGGGCCAACUCACUGAAUGUUCUGAACGUGGGUGCCAGAGAGAGCCAAGAGGCUGCGCAGCAACCGGGGCGUCUGACUGAGACACGAGGCCUGAGCUCGAGCACCCAGAGCCUACCACGCCGUGGCUCACUUGGUGGCUCACUUAGUGGGACCAGCUAACACACACACACACACACAUCUCCAUGUCCU